GACACACAAGCAGGAUCUCAGAAGGACAUCUAAUGUUAUCCCCGUAUUGUGACAUAAAAGAUAAUGACAGUAGACAGGAUUCUCCAGGAGCCAACCCCAUUACCCCAAUUAUACAUCCAGCUUUGUCAGCUGAUCCCUCUGAUCCUGGGAAAUGUUCUCCUGAUCACUCUGAUAUUGGUGCAUCUGUUACAGCUCUGAGAGUAGAUACAGUGUUUCCCUGUUCUAUAGAUGCCAAAAGUUUUACACAGAACACAAAGCAUAUUAACCCACACACAGGUAAGGCAGGUGAGAGGCCAUUUCCAUGUUCUGAGUGUGGGAAAUGUUUUGCAAAGAAAUCACUUCUUGUAAUACAUAAGAGAGUACAUACAGGUGAGAAACCAUAUUCCUGUUUUGAGUGUGGGAAAUGUUUUACAUACAAAACAACUCUUGAUGCACAUAAGAGAUGUCACACAGGUACAUCACCAUUUCCAUGUUCUGAGUGUGGGAAAUGUUUUGCACGGAAAUCACAACUUGUUAUACAUCAGAGACAUCACACAGGUGAGAAGCCAUUUCCAUGUUCUGAGUGUGGGAAAUGUUUUGCACACAAAUCAGAUCUUGUUAUACAUCAGAGAAGUCACACAGGAGAGAAGCCAUUUUCUUGCUCUGAAUGUGGGAAAAGUUUUACCCAGAAUUCUCAACUUGUUAGACAUCAGAGAAUUCACACAGGUGAGAAGCCAUUUCCAUGUUCAGAGUGUGGGAAAUGUUUUGCACACAAAUCAGGUCUUGUUACACAUCAGAAAAGUCACACAGGUGAGAAGCCAUUUCCAUGUUCUGAGUGUGGGAAAUAUUUUGCACACAAAUCAGGUCUUGUUACACAUCAGAGAAGUCACACAGGUGAGAAGCCAUUUCCGUGUUCUGAGUGUGGGAAAUAUUUUGCACACAAAUCAGAUCUUGUUAUACAUCAGAGAAGUCACACAGGUGAGAAGCCAUUUUAUUGCUCUGAGUGUGGGAAAUGUUUUACCCAGAAAUCACAACUUAUUACACAUCAGAGAGGUCACACAGGUGAGAAUCCAUUUUCUUGCUCUGAGUGUGGGAAAUGUUUUACCCAGAAAUCACAACUUAUUACACAUCAGAGAAGUCACACAGGUGAGAAGCCAUUUUCUUGCUCUGAGUGUGGGAAAUGUUUUACCCAGAAAUCACAACUUAUUACACAUCAGAGAACUCACACAGGUGAGAAACCGUUUCCAUUUUCUGAGUGUGGAAAAUGUUCUGCACACAAAUCAGAUCUUAUUAAACAUCAGGGAAGUCACACUGGUGAGAAGCCAUUUUCUUGCUGUGAGUGUGGGAAAUGUUUUACACAAAAAUCACACCUUGUUAUACAUGAGAGAAGUCACACAGGUGAGAAGCCAUUUCCAUGUUCUGAGUGUGGGAAAUGUUUUGCACAGAAAUCAGAUCUUGUUAAACAUCAGAGAAGUCACACAGGUGAGAAGCCGUAUUCCUGUUCUGAGUGUGGGAAAUGUUUUACACAGAAAUCAGCUCUUGUUACACAUCAGAGUAGUCACACAGGUGAGAAGCCAUUUUCCUGUUCUGAGUGUAGGAAAUGUUUUCCACGGAAAUCAGCUCUUGUUGCACAUCAGAGAAGUCACUCAGGUGAGAAGCCGUUUUCCUGUUCUGAGUGUGGGAAAUGUUUCGCAUGUAAAUCAGUUCUUGUUAGACAUCAGAGACGUCACACAGGUGAGAAGCCGUUUUCCUGUUCUGAGUGUGGGAAAUGUUUUACACAGAAAUCAGCUCUUGUUACACAUCAGAGUAGUCAUACAGGUGAGAAGCCAUUUUCUUGCUGUGAGUGUGGGAAAUUUUGUUUAAGUAAAUCACACCUUGUUAUACAUGAGAGAAGUCACACAGGUGAAAAGCCAUUUUCUUGCUGUGAGUGUGGGAAAUGUUUUACACAAAAAUCACACCUUGUUAUACAUGAGAGAAGUCACACAGGUGAAAAGCCAUUUUCUUGCUCUGAGUGUGGGAAAUGUUUUACACAAAAAUCACACCUUGUUAUACAUGAGAGAAGUCACACAGGUGAAAAGCCAUUUUCUUGCACUGAGUGCGGGAAAUGUUUUACACAGAAAUCACAACUAUUUACACAUCAGCGAUGUCACACAGGUGAGAAGCCAUUUCCAUGUUCUAAGUGUGGGAAAUGUUUUUCACACAAAUCAGGUCUUGUUACACAUCAGAGAACUCACACUGGUGAGAAACCAUUUCUAUACUCUGAGAAAUAAAUCACUCUUGUUGCACAUAAUAGUCAUCAGGUGAGUUAACAUUUUAUUCUAGAGUAUACUGAUCAUUGCCAUGGAAUGUUUUUGAAGGUUCUUAUGCUAUCUCCCAUGCUUUUUGCAAUAUACAUGCUACCGCAGGGUGAAACAAAGAGAUGUCAUGUCCUUGUCUACCACUGCUAUGCAGAUGAC